AAUUCGCGACGUAGCGAGUGCGAUGUUCUUAGCAUGUUUUCUUCCGGGAAAGUUAUUUUGAUGUAAAAAGAAGUCAAAAAAGCCAUCACGAUGAAAGUCCAAGAACUGCCUGCCGAGGCAGGCCCCAAUGGCAUGGAGCAGGAGAUGGCUGGGGCUCAGGAUACGAUAUAUUUGUGUAAUUUCCGAGUAUCGGUGGACGGCGAAUGGUUGUGUCUGAAAGAACUGCAGGAUGUCGAAUUCAACAUGCAGGAGUCUAUAACCAAGGCCUUGUCAACACCUUCCCCAGAGAUUCCAGUGCAACCGUUUGGUCGAGAUCCUGUCGUAAUAGAAAGAAGUAAUUUAGUAAACAUAAGCAAACUAGUUGUGAAAGAGUUGAUCGAACAAUCUUUGAGAUAUGGACGAAUGUUGGACUCGGAUCAUAUGCCUUUACAACAUUUCUUCAUUGUUUUGGAGCACGUUCUAAGGCAUGGACUCAGACCUAAGAAGGGUCUGCUGGGACCGAAAAAAGAGCUUUGGGAUAUCCUACAAAUGGUAGAAAAAUAUACUCCAGAAGCACAAGAUAUUACUGCUAGUGUUAGAGAUUUACCAACAGUAAGGACACACAUGGGUCGAGCACGGGCUUGGUUACGAUUAGCACUAAUGCAAAAGAAACUAGCCGACUACUUAAAAGUAUUGAUAGAUCAUAAGGAUGAAGCCUUAGUAGAGUAUUUCGAACCUGACGCUUUGAUGUUAAGUGACGAAGCUAUAAUCAUCAUUGGUCUUCUAGUUGGUUUGAAUGUGAUAGAUUGUAACCUAUGCGUUAAGGAGGAAGAUUUAGACUGUCCUCAAGGAGUUAUCGACUUUUCAUUGUAUUUAAGAUCUUCAAGUCACGUGUCGACGGAUUCCAGUAAUGAAGAACAAGGCGACGCUAUGAUUACAGUGUUAGAUCAAAAAAAUUAUAUAGAAGAACUUAACAGGCACCUAAAUGCAACUGUAGCAAACCUCCAAACCAAGGUAGAGUCGCUUACCACCACAAACGCACUGAUGAAAGAAGAUCUAGCUAUAGCCAAAAAUAAUCUCUUAGCUCUUUACGAUGAAAAUAGACAACUACGAUUAGAAUUAGGUAAAGAAUCUGAUGGAUAUGCUCUAGGUAUUAGUGGUGUACAAAUUACUAAAGUAGAGGAAAAGGAAACAAAAGAAAUAAGUAAAUUAGUUGGUAGUGAAGUAGAGGAAUUGAAACAUAGGUUAGAAGAGGAGAGAAAAUUGAGACAAGAAGCUGAUAAUGAACUUGAAAUUCAAAUGUGCAUGAAAGCAGAAAUGGAAGUAGCGAUGAAACUGCUAGAAAAAGAUAUACACGAAAAACAGGAUACAAUAAUAUCCUUAAGACGACAGCUAGAUGACAUCAAAUUAAUUAACUUAGAAAUGUACAAGAAACUUCAGGAAUGUGAGAUGGAACUAACACAGAAAGGUGAGAUGGUGAGUCGUCUGCAAGCGAAAGCUGGUCAGAUCGGAAAGAUCCUCAACAACUUAGAGAAAUACAACCAUCUGCUUAAAGACGAUAAAAGACCAGCUGAUAAAAAGUCUAUACACGACAGAAAACACUCACUUUCAAAAUCGGUUAUAAAAGAAAAUAGAAAAUGCGAGGCUGCGGAAGAAUCUGGAGGUGCCGGAGUAGAAAAAGAGGCCGUAUUAAAGGAACCCAUACCUUCCGAUUCUACCGAGUCUUUCAUUAAAUUAGAUUUAGAUCUUAACUCUCCAGAACCGAAAGAAUAGUCUAUUAUUAAAAAUAUGUAAUUCCCCAUUCGACUAUAUGUGUCUGUGGUAGCUUGUUUGAGUUGUAUGCCCUCAAAAGGUAUUAAAUUAACGAAAUUUACAAAAAUUUCAAUUAUUUUGUUUUUACAAGUUAAAAUUGUAUUUAAGUGUGAAUUCAGGAUAUGAAAUUAGCAGUUAUGCUCUCUAUACUAAUUUUAUUUCUGUAAUGAUAAGUAAAUAGGUAAAAAAGUCAAAAAUAUCGAUUUUGAAAGUUCUUUAGUACGUUAAAAAGGUCGAUAAAAAGCGAUGAAAAGCGAAUGAAUCUCAACGCUUAGUUGAAUAGUUAAUUUCAAAAUAGAGCUUAAAAUCAGUCAUUUCUAUUACUUUUUAUCGAAUUUUUUAACUUAGUAAAAAACAGUCAAAAUCGAUAUUUUUGACUUAUUACUUAUCAGUAUCAGUACAUAUUUUACCUCCUAUUUAAUAAUUAAUAAAUAUAUAAUAAUUAUUAAUAUAAUAAACAUUUCCUGUUGUCACAUUCCAUGUUAUUAGUAUACAGAAUGUUUUAGUCAGUAAAUAUCGUGGGAUUUGAAAAGGGAGUCCUUUUCUUCAGUUUUCUUUCACUUGUAAGGGUAAACCACAAUUUAAGGUAAUGAAUAUUUCCUACUUCUACUACCUACCUGAUUUCUCGUUGAAUAUACUAAUAAAAUUAGAUGUUUUAUGACAAACGUACGGAGAUAUGUCUACAGAAAAGAAAGAAAGAGGGCGAUAACUAAUUUUUAACGAAAACCAGUAAAAACAAUAAAGGAAGUUAAGAAAUUAAUUAAUUAUUAAGGGAAUCAGAAUAAAAUAAUUAUUUGAAAAUAAAAUAACAAAGAUGUGACGUCCAUAACGUUACAAUAGUUAUAGAAGAUAUGGUAUAGUUUGUAUGCAAAUUUCAAAUAUAUACAGGGUGUCCCGAAAAGAUUGGUCAUAAAUUAUACCACACAUUCUGGGGUCAAAAAUAGUUCUAUUGAACCUAACUUACCUUAGUACAAAUGUGUUCAUAAAAAAAGUUACAGUCCUUUGAAAUUACAAAAUGAAAAUCGAUUUUUUUCAAUAUAUCGAAAACUAUAUUAGAGAUUUUUUAUUGAAAAUGGAUACGUAUCAUUCUUAUGGCAGGAACAUCUUAAAACAAAAUUAUAGUGAAAUCUGUCCACCCCAUAAAAAUAGUAUGGGAGUUUUGUUCCCUUAAACCCCCCCCCCCAAACCUUUGUGUACGUACCAAGUAAUUCAUUAUUGUAGUACCGUCAGUUAAACACAACGUUUUUAAAACUUUUUUGCCUCUAAGUAUUUUUUCUAUAAGCCAGUUUUUAUCGAGAUGCGGCUUCUUUUUUAAUAUAUUUACAUAAAGAUUUGAUGGGGGUUUUGUUCCGUUAAACCCCCCAAAUGUUUGUGUACGUUCCAAUUAAACUAUUAUUGUGGUACCAUUAGUUAAACACAGUGUUUUUAAAACUUUUUUGCCUCUUAAUCUUUUUUUGAUAAGUCACCUUUUAUCGAGAUGUGGCUUCUUUUUUAAAUAUACCUAAAAAUGUAAAAUAAAUUUUCAGAUUAUUAACAGGUCUCUAUAAUCGCGUACUUAACCAUAUACAAAUAUGUGGUCGAUUCGACAAAUAUUCAAAACAUCUCGAUAAACACUGGCUUAUCGAAAAAGUACCAAGAGUCAAAAAAGUUUUAAAAACAUUGUAUUUAACUAAUGGUGCCACAAUAAUAAUUUAAUUGGAACGUACACAAAAGUUUGGGGGGUUUAAGUGAACAAAACCCCCAUACAUUUUUAUGGGGUGCACAAAUUUCACUUUAAUUUUUUUUAAGAUGCUGUUCCCAUGAGAAUGCCACAUGUCCGUUUUCAAUAAAAAAUCUCUAAAAGUUUUCGAUAUAUGAAAAAAAAAUCGAUUUUCAUUUUGUAACUUCAAAGGGCUAUAACUUUUUUUGUGAGCAUUAUUGUAUAUAGGUAAGUGAGGUUCAAUCAACCUAUUUUUGACCACAGAACCUGUGGUAUAAUUUAUGACCAAUCGUUUCGGGACACCCUGUAUAACGAUAUUAACUGACUAAAACAUUUUGGUACAAAAAAAACAAAACAUAAUUACUUUGUUUAGGAUUUAUUUGUGUUUAAUGAAAGUAUUUCAUUAUAAUGUAUUCCCUUGGUAUGUAAAUGUGACUUA